CCAUUUUGGGUGUUUUAGUAAAACUCCCUUGAUUUUUCACAUGAGGUGCUCAGUUUGGUUUUUUUACGAGUGUUAAUAGGCCACACAACAAUCAUGAAUGCUGCUAGUUUUUUUAGUAUUAUAAUUUUGAUUAUCCUGAUAAUCCAGAUGCAUCCAAGACAAGAAUUAUUUAAGUCACAAACCUUGUCUCAUGAUUGGCUGAAUUUUAACAAUAUUGUAUUCUUUGCAUACCUCAUGUUUGCCACUAGAACCCAGGAGCCAAGUCUGAAGUUCAACAAAAUAUUCUCUUGCAGCAUCAAGCAUCUCUGCUGUUUGUAUUACAGGUGUGAUCUUAGAAUUAACUAUUCUUCUCGUUGAAAUUGCAAUUUCUUUUGUUGGAAAGUUUAUUUGAACAAAAUGGAUUUCUGGGGCCAAACUCCUGGGACGGCUUGUGAUUAGUCCAAGAUUGAGCAUCUGAAUUCAGCAAGCUAAAAUGACAAAAGAAAGGGUUCUCAUAACGAUUUUUGUAAGCAUGUGUUGAAGUAAGGGUUCGUUUGGGAUUGGUUCUGGAUAGGCCAAAAAGCAUUUCUAUGGAGAAUCACUUCUCCAAAUAAUCACUUCUAGUGGUUUUAAGUGAUUUUAUGGAGAAGCACAUAAGAGGUGCUUAUGCUCAGAAUCACAUAAAAUCACUUAAAGUGAUUAUAUGGAGAAGCACAUGAGAGCUAAUUCUCCCCAGAAGUGAUUCUGGCCUAUCAAGAAUCACUCCCAAACGAGCCCUAAAUCAGCAUGAGUUUGUAUUUUACAGUUACAGAAACAUGUAAUGUUGUAGCCAAAAUUGAUAAACAUGAUGACAAAGAACCUCCCAACUGUAUAUUCUCAUGUUCUCACCACAACGGUAUGACCAAAGCACUAUUUAACCUAUCUAUAUGUUUAUACAUAUAUCUGUUUAUGCCAAGCAUGCAAGCCAGCCCUAUAGAAGUGAUUUAUAUUCUAGCUUCAAAGGGAUAGACAAGAUCAUAUCAGCUUAACAACAUGGCACGAGCCACCAAUCUUCUUGUGAUUGCGCUUAUCGUUUUUCCUAGCAUGGUUUUGGCAACAGAGUAUGUUGUUGGAGAUGAUGAAGGCUGGAAUUCUGGAGUCGAUUACUAUGCUUGGCUUGAUGGCAAAACUUUCUAUGUUGGAGAUGUGUUAGUUUUCAAUUACAAUGCAGGUGACCACAAUGUGAUUGUAGUUGAUGCUAACGGGUAUGAUCAAUGCAGUGCAUCUCCAAACUGGGGUUCUUAUGACAGCGGCAACGACGUGAUAACAUUGAGCUCUACCGGGGACAACUAUUACAUAUGUCAAUGGCACUGCGAUUACACUGACCAGAAGCUUAAGGUCACUGUCUUACAAAACUAGAUGUCCCUCAUCCUCAUGUAUGCCUGCCUGUGUCUUCACCCACAUUAGCACCACCCUGAGAAAAGCUUGGUUGAGAAUCUUGAGAUUUAAGGUGAUUUGGAAAGUCCAAAGGGAAGGCAGAGGUUUAGAUUUGGUUGCUAUAUGAGUGUUGCGUGAUUAAAUAAGUUCUAUGUUGGACUGACCACACCUUAUUGGCUGAGGUCGCUUAUAGUGUUUUAUGUUUUUUUGCUCUUUUCUUUGCUCUUU